CCCCGUGGGAAGAUUAGACACCGAGUUUUAAUUUGAUGAAAGAAAGGAAACACUGCCAUAGAAGCUGCAUUGAAACAGUGAUAGCAUCGCGAGGCGCACGCCAGAAGACUUGACGCAGCUCCUCGUUUAGUUUUUUGUCACUUGUUGUCGUGGCGGCGUGAUGUCUCAGUUUUCCCCGGAGUGUCGCGGGCGCGUGCGGAGGUUCGAAGUCCCGACAUUUGCGUGGAAGCGAAAAACGAAGCCCCGGGUUGCUAGUCGGUCGGUGUCGCCGUCGAGCAGUCGGCGCGGUUUAGAUCCUGCUUCCUCGUCGGUGCACAAACGGGACCCGCAGAGACUUCAUGCGGGAGGACCGGUGCGGAGUGCCACAGCAUCUUCGAGCAAGGACGUCCUCGAGCCGCAUUCACUACACCGGCGAAGGAGCCGUCGCACGCUGAUUGAAGAUGUGGUAUCUGCGUACGAAGAGGAGUCUCGGGCACCAGCAGCACAAAUGAAGAGAAGCGCAAGCCGGGACAGCAUGCGGGACCAGAGUGCAGUUCAUACCCCACGUCGCGCUCAUUUGUUUGAGGACUUGCAUGAGGAGGCGAUGCGCAAGAAGCACCGUCUUGCGCACGCACAGCAGCUUCGCUUGGAGCAGGAGCAGCGGGAGCUGCGGCUCGAGAAGGAGAAGCUGCGGAGUGGCAAAGUCGCGCCAGAUCAUCGCGACCUUGCCGGGGGAGCGAGAGGCGCGACCAAAUUGCAGGCGGAGCAAGCGCGCGCCGCGUUUUUGGAGCGGGAGGCGAGUUUCGUGCGCGAGAAGCAGCUGUUGGUGCAACAGCGACUGCGCGAGAAGGAGCUGCUGGCGCGCGAGGAGUACGAAAGGCACUGCACGUUUCGCCCGAACCUGGAAAAGCCGCCCAAAAACAAGCCCUGGUCUUACUUGGAGCGGGAGCAGACAAGCAGCGUCGGGGACCACCAGGAGCAGCUUUCCGUGCGCAGUAUGACGUCGAGCAGUGUGAAAACUGCCGCCGGUGGUCUUCCGCCGUUCGGGGCCUUUUCUGCCGCAUCUUCCUCCACCUACUCACACAUCAAGCACCUCGGAUCCCGCGCCCGGAGUCGAAGUUCGUCCACCCGGCGGACAAACAACUGCUUCCUCCAGGAUUGGCAGCAAAGAAGCAGCGGGUCGUUCUCCACCACGGUUCCUUUCCGACGAGAGACGUCGCGGCAGCAGCUGUUGCCGUCCCGGGAAGCGCGCGCGCAGCAACAGCUCGAGAAGCUGGAGGGUGACUACAAGGACGCUAGUCGCCAUCUUGACGGCGAGUUCGAUCGGCUAAAGUCCAAUAUCGAAAAGGAGGAAACUGAGCGGGUGCUCAGUUUCCUCCAAUCCGAGGACGGCCACAGCUACUUGCGCGAUAAAAUUCAAAACGUGCUCCUCGGCCAGAACAGUCAAUCUUCAGACUGCGAAUCCACCACCACGGGGGGUCGGUCCGCGCAACUCGCCGGGAGUACGGCAGAGCAAAUGCACGCACAGCAGGUAUCAAUCUGACUGCUACAGCAAGUGUGUGAUUCGGGGGGAGAUCUAUCAUGAAGAUUAUCAUGUACGGGUUGUACAAGGGAGGACAACGUACUACGUGUCACGCUCACGAGGUAGCCGGCGCACGCAAGCGAGCAAGUGUUGGCUAGUACACACAAAACACUCGGUGCAUUGGCGAUUGUGAACGAUAGAUACCAGUCUCCAUCUAAAAAUAAACUACAAGAGAACGAGAAAAGGUUUCUAGAUAGAGUUGCAGGUCAAAUCAAGGAGUUUCACAAAAAUUAUGUACGUACAGGUGAUCGUAGCCGAUUUGGUGCACAAGAGCACCAAGCGCGUUUGGGGGCGGGUGACAGCCGAGAUGCAGCAGAAGCGCGAGACGUUGGACGCGCAGUAUGCGCAGCGCAAGGCCGAAAUUGAAGAGGAACUUGCGGUCCUAUCUCCCACAUCCUCGGACGGCACGACGAACAGGGCGGCACGAGAAUCACCCGGCGAACCCACGGCGCAAGUGGGCACGACUGCUAGACGACCACUCGGGGCCUCGCCCGCAGACGACAAAAUCACAGAAGGUGAACACCCGCCGGAAAGAAUGCGGGCGUCGGAGCUUCCACAACACGACCUCAGUGGAGGUUUGGGCAAUUCGCAUUGUUGUAAUUGUCAUCUAGAGAAGUGAGCUUAAGUCUGAAACAAGUGGCCGAACUUUCUAAGAUUCACUCCCUUUCUUCAAAGAAGUGUGCUUCACAUGAUUCAGAAUCUAGUGCCAACCUGAGUUGUUGGCGACUUCGACAAAAACGAAACCAGAUCCACCGCCGUCGGUUUUGACGGAGGUUGCAGAACCUGUCCAAGAUUUGCAGCCAGCGGCACCACUGAAAUCAAGUCCUGUCGUUUAUUACCGGGAUCCGCAGGUGGACCACCUCCAACCGGAGACUUAUUUCGCUUCGAGCGUUAUCAACUGUAAAAAUGUCUGGGUCUGGAAGAAUGCAAGAUUUGUGAUGCAGGUUUUCCAUGACCCAUGAGGUCUGGAAUGCGAGACCCAGCAUGACAGAUUCUUUGAGGUCUCUAUCAUGCCUUUCCUGCAUGAGAAACUCCCUCUCAACUUGGUCAAAAGCGGACAGCUUUUGGCACUCACGCAACACUGAUUUUUGCAUCAUUUAGAUUUAGCAUGACAAGUUCUAAUCUUCCAGACCCAGACAUUUUUACAUUUGAUAAGCGUUCUUCUGGAAGAUGGUGCGAUGAGAAAAUCGUCGCCGGUCUUUGGCGAGGAUGCACAUCCUAUCAACUGUAAAAAUGUCUGGGUCUGGAAGAAUCCAACUUGUCAUGCUGAUUUUGGAUUCUAAAAAAAUCUGUAUUGCAUGAGCAGCAAAGAGAGUCCAAGUGUUGCUACACGGAAAGAGCAUUUGCCAUGCGAUGUAGGCAUCAGGAAGCCCUCACAAAAUCUGUGAUGCUAGGGCAUGCAUCACAGACAUCAAGAGUCAUGCAAAAUGUGCAUGACAAACCUGGCAAUCUUCCAGACCCAGACAUUUUUACAUUUGAUACAUCCACCUCCGUUCGCGAUGGAACAAAGGGAUAAAGAAUUGAUCACUACCAGCCACGAGGGUCCACUUGUUCACGCAAAUGUCAGUGUGCAAGAGGCGUUCCAUGAUCAUGGCAGUGGUAAUUCUGUCACACACGCUUGUUCCCCCGCGGCCCCCUCGCAGCUUUCGCGAUUCACGCAUGUGCAGCCGGCAGUGAGCUCACCUUUGAGCAGUGGCGUGGUCACAGCUUCUCCGGCCGCGGCGAAGACCGCGGAUAGCAUGAGCAGCCCCGCUGCAGAGGCAGCCAAAGCCGGGCCCGGCGUCUACUCUGGCGGCGUUCAUAGUAAUUUUCCACGCCAAGGCGGGGCGGUGGUUUAUCAACCGCACGCACGAGCAGGAGGGCCUUCCGCUCCCGGCAGAGCACAACCGGUGGCACCCGAUAGCAGUGCUAGCUACGCGUAUUAUUACGCGACCACCGCGACACCGUUUCCUUCCAGUCCGGGAUUUUGUGCCAUGUCUCCUUGGUCGCCGGCGCCACUUGCGCCGCAAGCGAGGACUGUCUGGGCCAACGCACAGAGAACUGCCGUACUACCGGAAAACUCCAAUGCAUUUUUCGGGGGACGAGCAAAUGUGAGUGGAGUGAUGCGCCAGCAGCACGGCAGCAGUGUCGGAGACAUAGCAGUAUCAUCCUCUGCACCCCCGAAAGAGGAGGAAGCGCAUCCGCCUCCCGACCGCGCGAGAGUCGACAAUCUUGUUCCACCCUCCGUGCGCGAUCUUAAAGCCCCAGGGUCGUCCAAGUCGGCUGCAUCGCCUCCAGAGCCACAAACGAUACGCCCGGAAGACGAAGGCCUGCGCCUCACUGUCGCGUCUUCAGUGUCUUCUGUGGCACAGCAGCGCAGCCUGGCCGGGGCGCCAAAACUUGCCACCACGGCGCCCGCGGUACAGGUUUUCCGGACCCUGCCCCAGGGUGCCAUUAACUCGACGCCGCUAAUCGUCCCAAAUGGGAUAGCACCCGGACUCGGGAAUUACAUGCCUCGCGGUGUAGUUUCACUGGCUCCACCAGCGCCUAGUGCGGCUUGGAACGUAAAAGCUGCAGCAGUGCAGCCGAACAACAGAGUCGACGACUCACAGGUUCCAAAGCCGCCGGGAUUCGUCACUGCAGAGUCAUCGCAAAGAUUCUCUUACAACCCCGUGCUGCCUGGCCUGCGCGCCGGGUCAGCGACACACAAGCUCCCUCCGAGUUAUUUCCAGAAAACGUGAAGAUGAAUCGCAAUGGCAACAUCGCUUUACAUAUUUCUUGCAAAGGAGAGGUGACAACGCUGUAGUAUUAAUGAAAGAAACACACUGAAACUAGAACUAAAUCCUUUUCAUAAGAACUGCGCGUUCUUACUUUGUUUGUGGCGUUACCGAAAGUUGGCACCGUGUCUGCACGACGAUGUCGAGUUGAUCAUGGCGUCGCCGUUUCUAGUGACGACUGAUACAACUGCAUGCCUUGCCUCUCUUGCUAGAAGUUGGCUAAUGCAAAAGAAACUUGAUUGACAAGAUCGAGCCUCUGUCUAAAUCAGUACUUUCGGUCAGACGAAGCACGUUGAAAUGAC